AUGAAACAACAAAGGUUGUUUUACAAUAUCAUUGGAAGUAAACAUUUUAAUGCUUUGGUUGUUUUGGAUGAGUUUGGAACGAUUUAUUACGCGUCCAUAGGUAAUAGUCUUGAUCAGUUGAAAAAUCAGUUAGUCAUAGAUUUCAAAUCUUCAAACCAAUAUCAAUUAUUACCAUAUUCAACAUUGAAAGACAAAUCAUUAACCGAAAUUACAAUUGAUAAAUUCAAGUUAUUGCUAGAAGAUCCUUCACGAUCUGAAAAGUUUUCAAUCAAGUUUAUAUUUGGAACUAGUUUACAACGUAAAGUUUGGUUGGAGUUGAUGAAAAUUCCUCAUGGUGAAGUUACAACUUAUGGAGAUAUAGCAAGAAAACUAAGAAUGAAGCCUACAUCAAGUAGAGCAAUUGGUGGUUGCAUCGGUGCUAACAAAAUUGCCGCGAUUGUUCCUUGCCAUAGGGUGAUAGCCUCAAAUAAGACCAUUUCUGGAUACAGAUGGGGAGUUGAAGUGAAAAAAUAUUUUUUGAAACAUGAAUUGGGUGACUCAUACGAUCAAUUAGUAAAUUAA